UUUUUGUUUUGGGAUCAAUCGCAGAUGCAGUAAAAAUAACAUUUUAUAUUGAAAAGCAUAUUGAUUGUCAUACGUGGUAAGUAAAGUUAUUAAAAUGCAUGAGAAAUAUUUUGCGUCUGCGACGAGUCAAGAAUUAAGAGUUUAUUAAAAUGAAUAUAAAAUGCAUUGCGUUCUUGGUGUUGAGGAACCGAACAAAGUUUUUUCUAGAAGUGGUUAACUAUUUCGCCUAAAUCGGUCAACUAUCGGAUAAUCAUAAGAUAAAAUAAGAAGAAUAUAAAAAAUGGACGAAAUAUUUGUACAGAGUACGUCGAAGGAUUCGAAAGCGAAAGUCCAACCAACUGCUCGGAAGAAGUUCCAUGCAAGCACCCCAUACGAAAGACAGCCAAGUACAAGUACAACAAUCUGUGGAUACGAAAAUAUUCCCUCAGAAAACAAUACAGAAGCCCUGUCUCUUUUAAAAAUCAUUAUAAAAAAGCAAGAAUCACUUGAAAAACGGAUCGGGCAAAUAGAGAACAGCGUUUUCAACACAGAAUCCGUAAUAUUGAAAGAUAUUAUUCAAAGGAGCCAAGCUAUGGCUAAAAACAAAAAUAUACGAGAGCAGAAGGUAAUAUUAAAAAAGGUCCAUUCGGAUUGUCACAUGUUUGGGGAAAUAGAAGACGUCGCUAUUGAAGAAUUCGCGUCAAAAUUUCCUCUUGUAACAAUGGAUGCUCUUUUGGAAGUGGAGGAGAAACUAAAUAUAAAACAGUAUAACAAGUCAAUGGUUGCGUUUAUACAUAAGUUGAAGGAUAUAUGCAACAGCAUCGAUGGAGUCCUUCGUCGGAUUUUUACAGACACACUAAUGCAAAAUUUUAAUUGGGAUGGACGAUGGGGAAAGAAGGCGCUCAAUACUUUAAAAAUAAUUAAUCAAAUUGUGUUUGAGACGUUCCAGUCUGACGGAAAAACUUUUGAGCUGAACGUAAAAAAAUAUGUGGAACUUUCACGCAACCGUGUGAAGCAAAAAGUUAGAUUGCAUACUAAAAACAGAAAACGACAAGAGUUUUAUCUGGGUUAUCCAUAACGGGAAAAUCAUGAUAAAGGAUAACUCCUUUAAUUUGUAAAAAUCCACAGGCACAAUUUAUUUUCUCGUAAGAAAUAAAAAAAGAAGGACGUGCUGAAAAAGGAAAUUUCUUAUCAUAAUUUUUAAAUAUUUGGAUGAAAUAAUUCUCCUGACUUCAGUAAGAAACGAGUUAGGAUGAAUGUUAAUUUUAAUUUUUUAUAUUUUGCUACUGUAAUAUAUAUUUAUGUAAGAUUAAACAUUCAUUCAUUAAUAGAAAAAAUAUACAUGUAUCCACGAAAUUCUUAUAAAAUUUCAGCAUAUGGCAAAAGAUUCACUUAUGUAUAACAAUAAUACAUGAAUUGUAUGAGAAAAUCGUGUAAAUACUGUCCUAAAAGUGAAUGAACUAAAUACAGAUAAUUUCUUGAAAAGCAAGAAGAGUGAA